ACGUCUGCCCAAGAAGAAUGAUCAGCGCUGAGCUGUUGCAAGACUGGAUAGUUUGUAUUGGUUCCCAGAAAUCAGACUUAUCACUUGGUUCCCAGAAAGUAUGUUUCUUCCUAUUUGGGCACAUACAAUUGGUUCUAUAGAAGUGUAUGCUUGCGCCAACCAGGUCUUAAACUCAAGACCUCUUAGCUCCGAUACCAUGUAGAAGUGCAUGCUCUAGCCAAUGCAACCAAAAGACCGAUCUGUGGGAGAAGAUGGCUCCUAGGGAGGAGGGAGAUGAAGAUGAGUUUCAAAUUGUGUCAAGUGCCCAUCACGCUAGACCGAACUCAGUGGUCAAUUGAUGCUCUAUUAUGGUGUUAGGAAUGCUCAUGUUGUCAGGAGUUCCCGGACGGCAAAGGGGGGAGCAUCCAAGAUGAUUUUUAUCAAUUGGGCAGUGACUUAACUCUCAAGCGCCAGCUAGCUAGAUAGUUACGUGAUGCACUAACUCGUUUUGUAGAGGUACACAGGCCACCACGCUGGCUUCCAUUUUCCUCACAAUUCACAAGCCACAUUGACAACACGUCUCCUCCAAAAUUCCUGAUCAAGCUCGCUCGUGCUCCCCCGAAUCCUACCCCCACCCAUCCAAAAGCUUCAAGAUCUCACAGAAAUCUCCCAACUCCCGUUUAUCAGAGUAGAUCCUGCCUACAGCCCCACCCACUCACCUGUUCGGCGCCGGCCGCCAUAACUUCACCGGAGUCGCCUCCUGCUUCUGUGCCGCGUCGCCGGCACAGACAAAGCUCUGAAUCUGCUGCUGCUGCUGCUGCUACCGCCGAUACAAUGCUGGAGCUGGUGCCGACGUGCCUGUGAGGACCACGUCUUCCUCGCUGCUGCUGCUGCUGCGUUGCUGGUCUUGGGUGCAGAUCAGGGGCAAGCUCGUGAAGUGCACCUGUGUUAGAGGAGUUUCUUCCGAGUGUUCCAAUGGCAGAGCGGGUGGUCACCAUGGCGAUCGGGCCACUGGUGUCCAUGCUGAAGGACAAGGCGUCCAGCUACCUCCUGGACCAGUACAAGGUCAUGGAGGGAAUGGAGGAGCAGCACAAGAUUCUCAAACGCAAGCUUCCGGCCAUCCUCGACGUCAUCACCGAUGUCGAGGAGCAGGCCAUGGCACAGAGAGAAGGUGCCAAAGCCUGGCUUCAGGAGCUCAGGACAGUCGCCUAUGUGGCAAAUGAAGUCUUCGACGAAUUCAAGUACGAAGCCCUACGCCGUGAAGCCAAGAAGAAUGGGCACUACAUAAAGCUCGGCUUCGAUGUAAUUAAACUCUUCCCUACUCACAACCGUGUUGCGUUCCGUUACAAAAUGGGUCGCAAGCUUUGCCUGAUUCUGCAAGCCGUUGAGGUCCUCAUAGCAGAGAUGCAGGUCUUUGGGUUCAAGUACCAACCACAGCCACCGGUGUCCAAAGAGUGGAGGCAUACAGAUUAUGUUAGCAUUGACCCACAAGAAAUUGCCAGCAGAUCCAGACACGAAGAUAAGAAGAACAUUAUUGGUAUACUAGUUGAUGAAGCUAGCAAUGCAGAUCUCACAGUUGUUCCUGUGGUUGCAAUGGGGGGCCUUGGCAAGACCACAUUAGCGCAACUCAUAUACAAUGAUCCUGAAAUUCAGAAGCAUUUCCAGUUGCUGCUCUGGGUUUGUGUCUCUGAUACCUUUGAUGUGAACUCCCUGGCCAAGAGUAUAGUUGAAGCAUCCCCCAAUAAGAAUGUUGAUACAGACAAACCACCAUUGGAUAGACUUCAAAAACUGGUCAGCGGACAGCGGUAUCUCCUUGUAUUGGAUGAUGUUUGGGACAACAAAGAGUUACGUAAGUGGGAAAGGCUGAAGGUAUGUCUCCAGCAUGGUGGCAUGGGCAGUGCAGUGUUGACAACAACUCGUGAUAAACGAGUUUCUGAAAUUAUGGGUGCAGAUAGAGCUGCCUACAAUCUCAAUGCUUUGGAGGAUCACUUCAUAAAGGAAAUUAUUGAGGCUAGAGCGUUCAGUUCAAAGAAAGAAAAGCCUAUUGAACUAGUGGAGGUAGUUGACGAGAUUGUGAAGAGAUGUUGUGGCUCUCCAUUAGCUGCAACGGCACUGGGCUCUGUACUUUGUACCAAGACCAGUGUGAAAGAAUGGAAAGCUGUAUCAUCUGGAACCAGCGUUUGCACUGAUGAAACUGGAAUUUUGCCAAUACUCAAGCUUAGCUACAACGACUUGCCCGCACACAUGAAGCAGUGCUUUGCUUUCUGUGCUGUGUUUCCCAAGGAUUACAAGAUCAAUGUGGAGAAGCUUAUCCAACUAUGGAUUGCAAACGGCUUUAUCCUAGAAUACAAGGAAGAUAGUCCCGAAACAUUUGGAAAACAUAUUUUCGAUGAGCUUGUCUCAAGGUCAUUCUUUCUGGACCUAGAGGAAAGUAAGGACUACAGCGGGUAUUAUUCCAGCACAUGUAAAAUUCAUGAUCUUAUGCAUGAUAUUGCAAUGUCUGUUAUGGAAAAGGAAUGUGUUGUUGCAACUAUGGAACCAAGUGAAAUUGAGUGGCUUCCAGAUACUGCUCGGCAUUUGUUCUUGUCAUGUGAAGAAGCAGAACGUAUUUUGAAUGAUUCUAUGCAGGAAAGAUCCCCUGCUAUUCAAACAUUGCUAUGCAAUAGUGAUGUGUUCAGCCCAUUGCAGCAUCUAUCAAAAUACAACACUUUGCAUGCCUUGAAGCUCUGUCUGGGAACAGAAUCAUUUCUACUCAAACCAAAGUAUCUGCAUCACCUGAGGUACCUUGAUCUCUCAGAAAGUUCUAUCAAAGCACUUCCUGAGGAUAUAAGUAUUCUAUAUAACCUGCAAGUGUUGGACCUUUCCUACUGUAAUUAUCUUGAUCGACUUCCAAGGCAAAUGAAGUAUAUGACUUCCCUCUGCCACCUCUACACUCAUGGAUGUCGGAACUUGAAGAGCAUGCCUCCAGGACUUGAAAAUCUCACUAAGCUGCAGACACUCACAGUUUUUGUAGCAGGAGUUCCUGGCCCUGAUUGCGCUGAUGUUGGAGAGCUGCAUGGUCUAAACAUUGGUGGUCGGCUAGAGCUAUGCCAGGUAGAGAAUGUUGAAAAAGCAGAAGCAGAAGUGGCAAACCUUGGUGGUCAGCUAGAGCUGCAGCAUUUAAACCUUGGUGAUCAGCUAGAGCUACGCCGGGUAGAGAAUGUUAAAAAAGCAGAGGCAAAAGUGGCGAAUCUUGGAAACAAGAAGGAUCUCCGUGAACUGACAUUAAGAUGGACUGAGGUUGGCGACAGCAAGGUGCUCGACAAGUUCGAACCUCAUGGUGGGCUGCAGGUUCUGAAGAUAUAUAAAUAUGGAGGGAAGUGUAUGGGUAUGUUGCAAAACAUGGUUGAGAUCCAUCUUUCUGGUUGUGAAAGAUUGCAGGUUUUGUUCAGUUGUGGUACAUCCUUCACGUUUCCAAAACUGAAGGUGCUUACACUAGAGCAUUUAUUGGAUUUUGAGAGAUGGUGGGAAAUAAAUGAGGCACAAGAAGAACAGAUAAUAUUUCCUCUGCUUGAGAAGUUGUUUAUUCGGCAUUGUGGAAAGCUGAUAGCAUUACCUGAAGCACCAUUGCUUGGAGAACCAAGUCGUGGAGGUAAUAGACUGGUAUGCACACCAUUUUCUCUGCUUGAGAACUUGUUUAUUUGGUAUUGUGGAAAGCUGGUACCAUUGCGUGAAGCACCACUGGUUCAUGAAAGUUGUAGUGGAGGUUAUAGGUUGGUACAGUCAGCAUUUCCUGCUCUAAAGGUACUUGCAUUGGAAGACUUGGGGAGUUUUCAGAAAUGGGAUGCUGCUGUCGAAGGAGAACCGAUAUUGUUUCCUCAGCUUGAGACACUAUCAGUUCAGAAAUGCCCAAAGCUAGUAGAUUUACCCGAAGCACCAAAACUCAGUGUACUAGUAAUUGAAGAUGGCAAGCAAGAGGUGUUCCAUUUUGUAGACAGGUAUUUAUCUUCAUUGACCAAUCUGACACUGAGGCUAGAACACAGAGAAACAACAUCAGAGGCUGAAUGCACUUCAAUUGUACCUGUGGACAGCAAAGAGAAAUGGAACCAGAAAUCCCCUCUUACAGUUCUGGAGUUAGGAUGCUGCAACUCAUUCUUUGGACCAGGUGCACUAGAGCCGUGGGACUAUUUUGUACACCUUGAAAAGUUGGAAAUUGAUAGAUGUGAUGUGCUCGUCCACUGGCCAGAGAAUGUGUUCCAAAGCUUGGUAUCCUUGAGGACAUUACUGAUUAGAAACUGCAAAAAUCUGACUGGAUAUGCACAAGCUCCUCUUGAGCCGUUGGCGUCUGAAAGGAGUCAGCACCCGAGAGGUCUGGAGUCUCUUUGCUUAAGAAACUGCCCAAGUUUAGUAGAGAUGUUCAACGUCCCGGCAUCUCUCAAGAAAAUGACUAUUGGUGGGUGCAUUAAGCUUGAGUCCAUAUUCGGCAAGCAACAGGGCAUGGCAGAGUUAGUCCAAGUAUCUUCUAGCAGUGAGGCAAUCAUGCCUGCAACUGUAUCAGAGUUGCCAUCCACACCCAUGAAUCACUUUUGUCCAUGCCUAGAAGAUCUAUGCUUAUCAGCAUGUGGAAGCUUACCAGCGGUUCUAAAUCUGCCUCCAUCCUUAAAGACCUUAGAAAUGGAUCGUUGUAGUAGUAUUCAAGUCCUAUCAUGCCAGCUGGGUGGGCUCCAGAAACCAGAAGCCACUACCUCCAGAAGCAGAAGUCCUAUCAUGCCACAGCCACUAGCAGCAGCAACAGCACCAGCUGCAAGAGAGCAUUUACUUCCUCCCCAUCUCGAAUAUCUAACAAUACUGAACUGUGCUGGCAUGUUGGGUGGGACUCUCCGUCUGCCUGCACCCCUCAAGAGACUGUUCAUUAUGGGCAACAGUGGGCUGACAUCGCUGGAGUGUCUGUCGGGAGAGCACCCCCCAUCGCUGGAAUCCCUUUGGCUUGAAAGAUGCAGUACCCUGGCAUCCCUGCCGAAUGAGCCGCAAGUAUACAGGUCUCUCUGGUCUCUUGAAAUUACAGGCUGCCCUGCUAUAAAGAAGCUCCCUAGAUGCCUGCAGCAGCAACUGGGCAGCAUCAAACGCAAAUGGCUAGAUGCCCGUUAUGAAGUAACGGAAUUCAAACCAUUGAAACCGAAGACAUGGAAGGAAAUACCGAGGCUAGUCCGUGAGCGGAGGCAGGCCUGCCGGAGCUGAAGCUGAAGGUCAUUCAGCUUCUAUUCAAUGACAGGCCUGAUCCCUGAUUGUUGCACUGCUCUGCUAGGGGAAUGGCCUGUGAUUGCUUCUACAAGACAACUGUGCCGCAGUCGCUCUCCAUCGAGAACUUCUUGGAUGAUGAUAACAAGAUGAAUUUUUUUUACCCCAACAUUUAUACAAGGUUCAAUAAUUUUUAUCCACUCAGACAUGGAUUUUUUUAUCAACCACUCAGACAUGGAUUUUACCAAUAACCAGCAAAGCAGCAGCAGGUGAUUUUUUUAUCCCGCAAAAA